AUGUCCACCAUAACAAAUAGUACAGAAAAUCAUGAAUUACCAGUUCCCCCGGGAAAUUGGACCUCAGAAGAUGUUAAAAUGAUUUUAGAUCCAAGGAUAUAUUCUUAUUUUUAUAUAAAUAAAACUUAUCCAGGAACAGAGGGUAAUUCCAAUCAAUGUACUUUUAUAUCAACACCACAAAUAGAAGAUAAUAUAACAAUUGCAGGCCAAUCAGUAGUUUGGCAUUGUCCAGCCGGUAAUUUUUGUUUGGGCCCGAGCGAAAUUCCAUUACCAUGUACGCCUGGUUUUUUUUGUCCCGAAAAUUCAGCACAACCAGUUUAUUGUUGCAAAGGAUAUUAUUGUAGCAAUGACACGAAAUUUGUGACAAUUUGUCCCGAAGGUCAUCAAUGUGGCCUUGGUACGGUGGAUCCAAUACCAUGUGGCAUAGCUUCACGUUGUCCACCAGGUUCAAUAGCCGUAAACAAAUAUGGCUCGCUAUUAUUUUUAGUUACAGCGAUAAUGAUAGUGAUUUUGGUGCUUUAUGUUCAAGAGAGAAUAGAAUCCUUGAAAACGAAAAAAUAUCAACAAUUAUUAGUCGAUCAAAGUUUGACACAAAAAACUAAAUUGAAUCCUAUAUCAAAAACAUUCGAUAUUGAAUUUAAAAACAUAGGUCUAACUUUACCAAAUGGCGUCGAAAUUAUCAGAGGUAUUACCGGAAGUUUACAACACGGGAGAACUUGUGCAAUUAUGGGACCAUCAGGUUCUGGCAAGACAACAUUAAUGUCACUUUUAUCCGGCAAAAUUAAAAGAUCAAAUGGCAUUAUAAAGGUGAAUGGUGCAAUUGAAGAUUUACAUAAACAUCGAAAGUUGGUUGGAUUUGUUCCACAAGAAGAUGUUAUGCUUCGUGAAUUAACAGUUCGCGAAAUUUUAAUGCAUUCCGCGUUAAUGCGUCUACCAACAAAUAUGAGACGAGAAGCAAAGAAAAAAAAAGUAAUUGAAGCAAUUCAAUUUUUAGAAUUAACAAAUAUUAUGAAUUCAUGUAUAGGCGAUGAAGUUAUUUUUAUUGAAGAAAAACGCGGAAUAUCUGGGGGGCAGCGUAAACGCGUAAAUAUUGGAAUGGAACUUGACGAGCCGACAUCAGGUUUAGAUUCAGUGACUUCAUUUGAAGUUUGUUCACUGCUAAAAAAUGUUGCGCACCAACAAGGAUUAACUGUGGCAGCAGUUAUUCAUUCACCUUCGCCACAAGCAUUCAAUACAUUUGAUGAUUUUCUGCUGUUAUGUAAAGGUGGUAGACUCAUAUAUAAUGGAGUACGUGAAAAUGCAAUCAGCUAUUUUUCAAGUCUUGGCUAUGUAUCUCCAUCAGAAAUGAGGUGA